CAAAAUAAUUUGUUGAUGUUUUCAAUAAAGAAAAAAAUAUAUCAGAACUUUUAAUGGUUUUAAAGCCAAAUACAAAAUAUAAUACUUCAAGAUACAAAAGAAGAAAAAAUCUGCUCUUAUAUUAACAUGGAAAAUAGUUUGUAAGACCUUUUAUUUAUAAAUAUUUUGCAAGAUUUUCUAUUUUAUUUAUAAUGGCUGGACAGUCAUAUCAUACUAAUACAAAUUACUAUUAUGGCAAUACUGUAAACACAAUGUCAUAUGGCAGCACUUUUAAUGCAGCAUAUCAAGGGCAGGGUCCUUUUGAAGAGCGUAGCUGUUGGCGCGAACUGUAUGAUUACCAAUCUGGUUACUGGUAUUAUCAAAACUUACUGACGAACACUACACAGUGGGAAAAGCCAGAGGGGUGGGACUCUUGGCCAACUAAUAGGGAGGAGAUCCAGACAAAUGAUGAUAGUAGUCACGGUUCAGGGCUUUCUAUAUUUCGGCAAACUUCCAAUGAAAUUGAGAUAAAGAAUACUGAAUAUGGAAAGAGAGAAGCAAGACGACAAAUUGAUCCGGAUGAAGCAAAGAAAAUACACUGGAGACCUGAAGGGGCAAAUGAGUACAACAUAUGGUAUGAUAAGUGGAUUGGGGACCAUUGGAAGGGCACAAAAGAUGAAGGUAGACUUUUGGGAUACUGUGGUUUAUUUAUUGUAGUCAUGAUUAAUACAGUUAAUUUAUAACAUUAUCCAAUGGACACCUUAUUAACAAAUUUUUAUUUCUUUCAUAAAUAUUUACUCUGAAUACACUAUUCAUUUUUCUAGGGCCUGCAGAGACCAGAUGCUGUGUUAGCAAAGAUGCUGGGCAUACUAAGGCUAAACUACUUGAUCCAAAAAGAAAAAAGACUUAUUUUUGUAUAUACUUUGCAAGAGGGUGUUGCCAACAUGGUUCUGAAUGUGGCUUCUACCAUCUUGUACCAACUGAUAAAGAUGCAAAACGGUAAUCUUGGGGAGUCCCCCCCCCCUCUAAGUGCACCGUCCUCUUGAUACCAUUCACUUGAGUAUCCCCUCCCUCUGACUGCACCAUCCUCUUGAUACCAUUCACUUGAGUAUCCCUUCCCCCUGACACCAUUUACCAAGUCCCUCCUCCCCUAACACCAUUUACUUUAGUCCUUCCCCUGACACCAUUCACGUGAGAUCCCCCCUGAUACCUUAGUACCUCCUCCCCACUGACAUCAUACACCUGAGUACUCCAACCAUCUGACACCAUUCACCUUUGCCCCUUUCUUUUUGAUACCAUCCACAUGAAUAUCCCCCUUACCCCAGUCCCCCUCCCAAUAUGCAGAAAAUAAACCUAUAUAGUUAUCUGCCCAGAGUUGUUGAGGAGGGAGAUGGGGUGUACAGCCAGACUUAAGGAGGGGCCACUAUCAGUUGGAUACCCUCAUUACACACACCUUGCUUUACCCCAACAGGAUAGAUAUGGUGCACGAUGUGUUUGGCAGAGAAAGACACAAGUUACACAGCGACAAUAUGGGAGGCGUGGGGUCGUUUGAGAAAGACUGUCGAACAUUAUAUGUUGGCCGUUUGGGAAAACACAAGGAACUGGAAAAUAUUUUGUGGAAAGAGUUUGGAGAAUGGGGUGAAAUUGAGGUAUUGGGUGUCAAGCUGUGCUAUUUUUACGCUUGUUCGUUUGCUCGCAUGUCAAGCGUUUGUAACACUGGGAGCGAAAUGGCUAGGAUUGAAUUUGCAUAUCCAGUUUUAUUAUUAGUGAGGUUUUACUUCUACUACCAAUCAAUCAGAUGAGUUUACCAAAAAUAAUCAGUUUAUCACCAAUCAGAUGAGUUUAAUCUACCGGAUAACCAAUCACAUGCGUACUUAGUAAAAAGUAGCGCUAGUCAAAUCUGAACUUCACUACAUUGUGUUUCAUCUUUAGUUUGCCCUCCUAACUUGCGCGCUCUCCCAACACGGUGCGCAAAAAAAUUUCAUUUAAGUUACGCGAGCAGUUGCGCAAAUAGGGUGCGAAGCACCUCAGUGCGCGAAUCCUUUAAUAUCUUCCCAUGAUUUAACGAAUAUACACCAGUUGGACUCAACUAUAAACUAACUCUUGACGAAGAGAGACUACUAACUCUUGACGAAGGGCCUUCGCUCGAAACGUCGAGUUUCUGCUUAUUUUUUAAGGUAGUAAUAUAACCACUCAGCACAGCAUUUUCACAUUGGUACUACCUACACUGGUACAGACAGUUUUAGGACUCAACUAUAGUCUAUACGCUUGCCUGACGACUCCUCGUUUUGUAUAUGUGCAUAGUGUGUAUACCUUUUGACUUUGUAGGAUAUCAGAGUUAUUUCAAAACGUCAAAUAGCAUUUGUGAGAUACAAGAACAGAGUAAACAGCGAAUUUGCUAAGGUAACCCGUUGUAAUCGUUUUAAUUACUUUACUACUGUUGUAAUCGUUUUAAUUACUGUACUACUGUUGUAAUCGUUUUAAUUACUGUACUACUAUAAUCGUUUUAAUUACUGUACUACUAGUGAUAAAGUAUUAGGUUACAUCAAUCAUUGUAGAGUUUACAUGAUCUACUUCACAAUAGAUUGCGAUGUCGGAUCAAAAACUAGAUGGUCAAGAAGUUUUGAACGUAAGAUGGGCAUAUGACGAUCCUAAUCCGAAAGUGCGAAAACAGGCGAGUUGCACAUUUUACAUUUAAACCUAUAGGCUAUACUUUUCCAAGUCCGCUUAACAAUUUCCCCCUAGCGGGCAAGUAACGUCGAGGGGUGCACCUCUUUGGAGCACUCCCAAGGCAGAGGCGAGGGCGCAUUACGAUUCAUUGAGCUGAUUUCAGGUUUGGUUGAACGACAAUGACGUCAAUGAUAUAAAAUCGGCCCCAAAGCGUAUUGCAUUAUAGUGUAGAACAUCUAUGAUAUUGCCUAUAGAAAACAGAAGAAGACAGAGAUGCUGUUCGUGCAGCAAUCUAUGCCAAACUAGAUGACGAAGAACCACAACCUAAACGUCUGUGUAGCGAAGGAAUCAUUGGAGCUUAUCCAAAUACUGAUGAUCAAUAUCCUGACUCUGCUGCCGGACCACAAACCAGGGAACAGAUUGAACAAGUAUGUGAUUACGGGAACCACUCAGGAUUUUAAGAAAAUACAAAAUAACAGUAACUCCGAAUAACAUUUUGAUUUUUAAUCAACGUUUCGACUAGUUUGUAGUCUUCCUCAGGAUUAAUCCGGAGGAAGACUACAAACUAGUCGAAACGUCGAUUAAAAUUAAAAUGUUAUUCGGAGUUACUGUUAUUAUUAAGUAUGUGAUGACAAGUAUUUAAUGUAUUACUCCCCCCCCCCUGGGACACGUCCCCUUGGGUAAAUAUCAGGAUUUGGGCAUACACUGCACCCUACAAUUGCACAUCACCUUUAGUAUACAGCUAUUGAAUUCAGUUAAUAGAUGUACACAUGAACUUGCAGUUAGAGCUCGACAACUGGCCUCUGUAGCUGUAACAAUGUGUUAAUAGAGAGUUGACUUUCACUACCGCUACCAAUAAGAGACCAUUAACCAAUCAGAUUCGUUUGAUAUAUCCAAUUAACCAAUCAGAUUCGUUUGAUAUAUCCAGUUAACCAAUCAGAUGGGUACAAAACCAGUGAGAGAUAGUGGAAGUCAAAUCUGAACUUCUCUAUUGUGUGAUUAUAAUUUCGCCUCGGUUACAUGCAAGAGUGCUCCCACUAUCCAUCAUGAAUCACCAAAGGUCCUCUGGCCGGGGUACCUGACAAAACACUGGUCAAGUAAGAAAUGGCGCAUGAAAAUUUUAAAUUGUUAUGUUUUUAGGAACAAGUGUUACAACAAGUUAAACAAGAUUGCAGUAGACUAGACGAGGCAUUCAAGAGACUGGAGUCAAGUAGAUACACCUGACGCCCGAGGGCAAUCGAAUGUAACAGAGGUGUCUGCCAACGUGUGCUGACCAAAGACAUUUAUUUGCUUGUAUAUAACAUAAAAAGCAUUAAAUUGCAAAGUACAAUGCUAUUUAUAUAUACAUAACCUAAAAGUAGCAAUUUCAUAAAUCGAUCUUGGUUAACUAUUCAGCGUAUUCAAGACGUAUUGUAUUACACACUACAAUAACUCUUUGAUUAAAAAAUUAAAAUACAAUUAAUGCAAUAUCUUUAACGAUAUUUCGCAUUUCGGUGUAAAAAUACACACAAAUUCUAACAUUACAUAAAAGUUUCAACCUUGACACUUCUGUUCAAAUAAAAAAUUAUGAAUACGUCCAUACAUGUUUAUUGUCUUUAUUCUAGUUUACAGAGCUGUUGUACAAGUAAUUUAUCUAGUAAUUUAGACAGACUAAUAUAGUCAGGAAGGGCAAUUCACAAAGUAUGGAUAGUCCCCUAUGCAUUUGACCAAAUUUCAAAAAAAAUGUUUUUAUCAGUCAAAAUCGACUGUUUUGAUGAAAGAAAUGGUUCUCGACAAUUUCCAGAAAUUUGGAGUAGGUUGAGGCAUUUUUUGAAUUUUAAAAAAAUUUUCUGUAGUCCCCCUUUGUUGACCAGUGGUCGCCGAUCCGGGUCAGCGUCGUACUUUGCAACAUACAGAAUACCAAUAACGGCAUAUAGUAGAAGGAAACGGUUAUACUUUAUAGAAAGUCAAAAUACCAGCAAAAGCAUGGGAUUAAAAACAUCUGAAAAUAUACAUUGAAACAUUAGAUUGAGUGAUAGUAAAAUACAUUCCAAAUCCCAAUAAAAGCAUAUGUGAUAUGGUUAGUAUAUUUGUUACGUAUUGCGAAUUUCCUUCCUGACUAUACAGGCAAAAGCCUUUCGUGUUUAAAAACAUCAUAAAAUAACUUGGAACACAAGCAUUCCAGAUAAUAUCCAUGUAAAAUGGAACUUGUUUUAACAAAUAUCUGGAAGCAUAGGAGCAUGUUGUUGGAACACAACUCCAAUUCAACAAUUGGUCUCCUAAUGUAAAGGACCUCUCCCCAAGCUAGGAGUUCGAAAUAAAACACGAGUGUCUAAUAUCUUGCUUGUGGUGGGUAACUGUUUGGAUAACUGGCACGAUACCCACCACGAUUGUUCAUUUGUCCUGCCCCUGGGUAUCUUGGGUAUCCAGGACUUCCGGUUGGCCGCGCUUGUUGAGAGGGACUAGGAGCUGGUCCGCGAUGUUGAGAGAGCCUGGGAGCUGGUCCGCGAUGUUGCGAGGGACUGGGAGCUGGACUACGAUAAUGAGCCUGCGACCAUGACUGACCAGUGGGUGAAGGAUAGCCAGAAUAAGAGCCUGCACCAGAAUAAGAAAGUUUUGCACCUGGAUAGGAGGGGUUUGCAGUUGACCCCUGAGCAGAGGUGUGGGUAGGGGUUCCACUCUGGGAUGUUGCCCCACCGCGCAUACUUGAUAAAGCCAUACCAAUGAUAUUACUUGUUUGGGAUUGCGGUGGGUUUUGCGCAGGCGCACUUGGGGCCUUGAACGCAUUUGAUGCGCUGUUCGAUGGUGUCAAAACUGGGAUAGAGGGUUUUGAAUUGGCAACUGCUCCGUCAUUGGAAGUUGGCUUGUUCUCUGUGGUUAGUUUUGUGCUUGGAUUUAGAAUACUCAGAAUUUUCGCCUGAAGUUCGGCCUGUUGUAGAGCAAUCGAUUGUGGGUCAGUGGCAUAAGGCUGGUAAGCAGAACCUAGAGAGAAUAUAAUUCAAACUGGUUAGCAACGAAAAACACCCAUCACUAUAACGCAAUAUUGAUCAUUAUAUUGAUCGACUUAUUGAUCAUUACAGAUCACAUAUUACAUUGUCACCAAAUUUACAACCAAAUUAAUAACCAGGAAACAGUCGUAUACGAUUU